CGAUCAUGACACUUUCUUCCUCACUCUAAAGAACCGCACUCAGAUUAAUUAUCUACCCAAGCCUAGAACUUCUCCUCAUUUCACCCUACUUAUGUAACAUCCCUAUCUCAAAGAAUUAUUCCAAGAGAGCCUCCAAGUUCUAUCAAAGCCCUUGGAAGCAAUCAAGCAAAGAUCCGUUUCUGUAAUCGUCAAAAAAGAUUAUGAUAUAACAUCACAUCUGUUGCUCUCGAGUUAGCAAUCACUUUGACAUGGAAAAGAAACUCAGGAGAAUCAAUCUCUAUAGAAACAUGGAGACUGAAGGUCAACAACCUAUUAAUGGGGCGUGGCAGAGUGAUGAAGGUGAAUGGAGUCCGAUCAAUAAUCUCUGCGUGAAGGUACAGAGUGAUUCCGAUGGAGAGCAGAGAUCUUCUUCCUCCAUUCUUUGGCGGCCCUGCACACACGGCGGUCCUGCACCACAACGAGAAGAGAAGAGAAGCCACCGCUCCCAUGUGGACGAAUCUGAAGGAUGGCGUCGUUGGACUGCUCUCACGUCUUCGAUUCUAGAUUGAAGUUGAGUAAUAGCUUUGGGCCUUCAGAGCUUUGGAGCUCCUCACACCAACGAACUGAAGACAUUUAGUCUGUGGGAGGGAGCUGGACGAAGAAGAUAGGCAAAGCAAAAAGAUUUUGAAAACAUAAAUGAAAAAAGGAAAAAGUGAAUGUAAAAUAUCAAAAAUAGUAAUUGACCGGCUAAAGAAGGUGAACUUAAGGUAAAUUGGGUCAUUUGAUCGUUUUUUUGGAGUAGAUAGGUUUAUAUGGUACUUUUUUUAGUAGAUGGGUUCAGAUGAUGGAUUUACAAUAGUAGAUGAGUCUAUUUGACCCUUUUUCCUUCAAAUAAUUAUUUCUAUAAUUGCGUUGAAUUGGCCUGUUAAAGAUCGUUCGUC